AGCGGAAAUGUUCCACAGUAUAUAUUCGACUUUCGGCUGAGCUGACCUGCUCCAGAAACUCUACUUCAGAUCCAAGAGACUUAAAGAAGACAUCACCAUGGUGUCAAUGGGAAGACAGAUGCUGGGCUAUGCCCUGGCCAUCGUCGGUUUCCUGGGAACCAUCAUUGUUUGUGCCUUGCCCAUGUGGAAGGUCACGGCCUUCAUUGGAGCCAACAUUGUGACAGCGCAAGUCAUCUGGGAAGGCUUGUGGAUGAACUGUGUGACGCAGAGCACGGGCCAGAUGCAGUGCAAGAUCUACGACUCGCUGCUGGCCCUUCCUCAGGACCUCCAGGCGGCCAGGGCUCUAGUGGUCAUCGCCAUUAUCGUGUCAGCGUUCGGGGUCAUCCUUGGCAUCGCAGGAGGAAAGUGCACCAACUUUGUGGAGAACGAACGAGCCAAAUCUAGGGUGGCCAUCGCUGCUGGAAUAGUCUUCAUUUGUGCCGGUGUUCUGAUCCUCAUCCCUGUCUGCUGGUCUGCCAACACCAUCAUCAGGGAUUUCUACAACCCCCUCCUGACCAACGCUCAGAGGAGAGAGCUGGGGACGAUGGCUUCCAUGGGGAUGCAGAUGGCCGGCUGCGCCCUGGCCCUCUUUGGCUGGAUCGGGGUGCUCAUCGUCUGCGCCACUCCCAUGUGGCGAGUCACUGCCUUCAUCGGGAGCAACAUAGUGACAUCGCAGGUGGUCUGGGAGGGCAUCUGGAUGAGCUGCGUGGUCCAGAGUACGGGCCAGUUGCAGUGUAAGGUGUACGACUCCAUGCUGGCUCUGAGCACCGACCUGCAGGGGGCCCGGGCUCUGGUGGUGGUGUCUAUCGUCGUAGGCCUCGUCGGGAUCCUCAUCGCCUUCGUUGGAGGGAAGUGCACAAACUUCAUUCCAGAGGAGAGGGCCAAGGCCAAGGCUUCAGUAGCAGCAGGUGUCUUACUGAUCAUCAGUGGACUCCUCUGCCUCAUCCCUGUCUCCUGGACCGCAAGCAUCAUCAUAAGAAACUUCUACAGCACUGUGCUUGUCGACGCCCAGAAGAGGGAAUUGGGGGCCACUCUUUACAUCGGCUGGGGGGCCGGGGCGCUGCUGCUUGUGGGAGGAGCACUUCUGUGUACCAACUGCCCCCGCAAAGAGGACGAGAGCCCCUCCGUGAAGUACUUCCUGAACGACGCAGGAGGAAGUAGUAGACAGGACUCAGCCCGAUCUUUUACAAAGACGUACAUUUGACGCGUCUGAUGUUGACGAGGAGAAGACGGGUUGAUGAUGACUGUCGUUUCUUUUUUUGGCGGCCACAAGGCGUAAAAAUCAAAUUGAACCAGUUGCUGUGAAACAUCAAGAAAAAGGACAUACACACAGACAACAAACCAUGAAGGAAACAUGCACUUUGUCUUUAAGAGGAUCGCACUGUACCGGAUGUAUGAAGAUUUCUGUGUCUCAGUUCUCUUGUUUUUAUCUGUUGUUGUUUUCUGUAAGGCACUUUAACUUUAUUUUAUAUAGAUGAAUGAUUAUAGUAUUAUAUAUAUGGUUAUGUUCUGGGUCAUGAACAUGGAUUUGGGGUUAGUUUAAAUUAUCUUUGUUUUACAUCUGAGGGUUUUAAGAAAAUAAUUUAUUCAAGUUUUGAUUCAUUAAAUAGAUGACCUUCUAAUGUC